AUGUCCUCACCGCGUCCCAGAGCAUCUGAGUCUCUGGCUACCUCGUCUACUAGUACAGUUCGGCAGCAUGAAGCAGCGCCUGAGGCAUCCUCUGCUGCGACACCGACACCAACACCGGGCGACGAGGAUGAAAAUGGCCAAGAAGGAAAUGGAGGUGGUGACCUGCCUAUGAGCAUGACCGCCAGUGUUAUCUUGACAAAUCUACCCAAGGACGCUGGACAGGCACUCAAAGAAGUUGAUGAGAUCGACAACCAUAAAGUUUCGGUACGCUUUCAGCCCAUCGGGUCUGCUCCCAUCCUCAAACAACGGGUGUUCAAAAUCAACGCAUCAUCCAGAUUCAGUGUUGUCCUCAACUUCCUGCGAAAGAAAUUAGGAAUCAAGGAAGGGGACGGCCUCUUUCUAUACGUCAACAGCGUCUUCGCGCCAGGUCUGGAUGAAGGGGUGGGGAAUCUUUUCAGGGUACAGUCUGAUUAA